GCAGAGCUGCGGGGUGAGUCCCGCUCGGAAGCGCUGCGGGUUUCACUCGGCUGCGGUGGCGCGUGGAGUUUGCGGAGCCGGAACCCGUGAGAUUAGCUGAGCUGAGCUGGACCUGUUUGUGUUCCUCACUGGAGACUGGAUAAUACAGCGCUGAGGAGACCUCGGAGGGCCCCAGGGAGACUUUGUGGCCCCACGCUGGUGGAGAUGGGUUUGGUGGUGCUGGUUCUGCUGUGCGUUUCCCUCUCCGCCGCGGAGAGACACGCAGUUUUCUGGAACAGCACGAACCCGAAGUUUCAGGGUGACGGCUAUGUCGUGGAGGUGCAUCUGAAUGAUUACCUGGACAUCGUGUGUCCUCAUUACCCUCUGGGCACGGUGCCGACCCAGGAGGCCGAGCGCUAUGUGCUGUACAUGGUGGAGCGCGAGGACUACGAGGCGUGCCGACCACAGUCCUACGAGCAGAUGCGCUGGGAGUGCGGCCAGCCGUUCGCUUUGCACGCACCAGAAAAGUUCUCUGAGAAGUUCCAGCGCUUCACACCCUUCACCCUGGGCAAGGAGUUCCGCCCAGGCCAGAGCUACUACUAUAUCUCCAAACCGCUGCACCACCACGGACAGGAGUGUCUGAAGCUGAGGGUGGACGUCGUUGCGAGUGAUGGAUCACAGGAGGCUCGAGUCGGACCAGGGAAAGGUAGCGGAGGAGGCGCACACACCACGUUGAACCGCGUACCAACAGGUGAUGCCGAGCUGCCGGAGGUUCAGAAAAUUGUGCGGGCAAACUCCUCCGCGGUCAGACCAGCGUCUCUGAUCAUCCUUACAUCAUUACCGCUCACUUUAUUAUUACUGCUGGUUCUGCAGUAACAUAUUUUAAAGCACUACAGUGGUCAGAGAAUGAAACGAAGGUGGCGUGUGUCUACCAAAACACACAGAAGGAAGUUCUAGAAACCCAGCGCUGGCCACUGGGGGGGGGAGGAACCGUGUUGAGAGGGCCGAUUCGUUGUUCUUGUCUGCUCCAGUCAGCAAAAAUGUUUCCUGAAAGGAUGCUGCUCUAAAGGGAAACGUCCCAAAUUUCACUCAGUGUACCACCGUUUUUUUUUUUUUUUAAACAUUGCGUUUUUGUAAAAGUACUCUGUAGCUGGAGGAACGAUGGACAAUACGGCAAUCAGAACUGCUCACUGUUUGGCCAAACCGAGGCGACCUUCUGUAACCGUCUAUAAGACGGACCAUAAUCUAUUGAGCCAAAGAUCACCGAGCUUCUCCAAAAAGUCUACAGCCGGUUUAAGUGGUUUCUCGAUGUAGCAGCAACAUUACCAACUCAACUGGAAUGGACAAUUUUAUAUACAGUACACACACACACACACACACACACACACACACACACACACACACACACACUUUGUGUCAUACAAAGACACUUAUUGUAGCACACACACACACGCAAAACCUGUUUUGUUGUUGUACGUGUUUUUUAUUUGAAUAGUUGUUAAGUUAUUAACUGUGCUCCAGAAUGACUAGCUGUACGUAAGAAGCAAAAGAUCCAGCCCCCCCCCCUUUUUUUUUUAAAAACGAAGGACGAAACGGAGAGAAAGACACAUAGAAGGGGAGAAAGAGAGGAUUUGCUAAUUAACCAAAUACACACUGUGCCCAAAGUGUGUAUUUACUAGACAAGUGGAAAUUUAUUUGGAGCAUAAAACACGCGCUGUUCUGUUCUGUUCUGUUUUUUUCCUCUUGUGAGCAUCUGAAAGAUGUCAAGAUUACGUUAUAUCUCUACAGUGAGAGUUUUUCACUAUUGGAUACUAAAUAAUUGUAUAUACAGUAAUCUGUCUCUCACUCGUACACACAUGUAGGUCCAAAAGUCUGCGUGUUCUGGUGAAAAUGCUUCUCUUUUGUAUUCUUUUCUAAUUUAAUACAACAUUAUUUUAAGUUAAAAGUGAAAUAUUUACCUGAAUCUCAGCGUUUCUUGGUCUUUAACGUCAGUGCGCACUCGGUGUGACACGAAGUUUGCGUAAAAUCUUAUGUUCCAUUUUGGAUUAAGUGUUGUCUGAUCACACACACGCUUCAGGAGCAGAGAUUAGACACGAAGGCAAUCGGACCUUCUGUACAAAGCAGUUUCGCACGUUCUCUUACAUUUAAAUAGGGACCUAAAAAUAGUGCACAGUCUUAUUCAGUGUGGUCUCAGACGUGGGUGUGUGCGUCCUGAUGCAUGAUGCGCUCGAUUUCUUGGUCGUUUUCAUGACGUAUUUUAAGGCUCCGCACCCACGACGCUGUUCAUUCGCAACAGGAACAGUUUCAGAACUUUUGGAUCCCACUUCCUAAAGCGCCACACUGAUACUAUAUACGAAUACUCACAUUUACUGAAUGUCAAAUAGCGAGAUUAAACUCAUGAGUUAAUUUUAUAUGCAUUAUAUUGAAUAUGUACGCACAUAACACAAUAGAAUGGCAAAUGUGAAUUGGUUGGCAUCUACUACACAACACUACACACAGCACCAUGUGGACCUGCAGUAGCUCCACACUGACUGCUGCACGUGCAACCGAUGUAUAAAUACACUGUGUGCACAAUUAUUAGGCAAGUUGUAUUCCUGAUGAUUAAUUUUAUCGUUGAACAAAUACAGUGCUCUCAGUCAAUCCAAAUUGUUAAUAAACCUAAAACCAGAAUGAUUAACAAAGGAAAGGGGAGUUUAGGCCUUCUCAGGGGAAUAUAUAAGUGUGCAGAAUUAUUAGGCAACAUUUAGUGUGCAGAAUUAUUAUGCAACUAAAUGAAAAGCUUAAAGUUUCCCAUCUCACUUGUUUAUUUUAAUUUUCAGUGGAACAAAUAAACAACUCAGAAUUAACAAAUAAACACUUCUAGCAUUUCAAAAAUAUUCAGUGACCAAUAUAGCCACCCUUCUUUUCAAUAACUGCCAUGAGCCUUCCAUCCAGUCUGUUAGUUUUUUGAUUUGCUGACGAUCAACUUUUUGUGCAGGAGCAACCAUGGCCUCCCAAAUGCUAUUCAGAGUGGUGUAUUGUCUUCCCUCGCUGUAAAUCUCAUGCUUAAGAAGGGGCCACAAGUACUCAAUAGGGUUUAAGUCAGGUGAGGAAGGGGGCCAUGUCAUUACUUUGUCAUCUUUAAGGCCUUUGCGGGCUCGCCAAGCAGUGGAGUACUUGGGUGCAUGUGAUGGUGCAUUGUUCUGCAUAACAAUCAUGGCCUUCUUGAAUGAUGCAGACUUCUUCCCAUACCACUGCUUGAAGAAUGUAUCUUUUAGAAACUGGCAGUAGGUUUGGAAGUUGAUGUUAAGUCCAUCUUCAACCUGAAAUGGUCAAACUAGCUCAUCCUUAAUAAUAGCAGCCCAUGCCAUUACCCCUCCACCACCUUGCUGGUGUCUGAGUCAAAGUGCCCUGUGUCCAUUAGUUAUCCAGCUAUGGGCCCAUCCAUCUGGUCUAUCCAGAGUCACUCUCAUUUCAUCUGUCCAUAAAACCUUUGGAAAAUCUGUCUUCAGAUAUUUCUUGGCCCAAUCUUGACAUUUCAACUUGUGAGUCUUGUUUAGUGGUGGUCGUGUUUCAGCCUUCCUUACCUUGGCCAUGUCUCUGAGCACCGAACACCUUGUCCUUCUGGACACUCCAGGUCGGUUGCAGUUCUAGAAUAUUGUGGCACUGGAGGAUAAUGGGUUCCUGGUAGCUUCAUGUUUAAUCCUUCUCAAGUCUUUUGCGGUUAAUUUGUGUCUUUUCUUCUCCACACAUUUUUUGCGACCCUGUUGACUAUUUGCAACAAAACGUUUGAUUGUUCUGUGCUCACAUUUCUAUAGCUUAGCUAUUUCAAGAGUGCUGCAUCCCUCUGAUAGGCAUUUUACAAUUUUUGUCUUUUCAGUGUCUGUUAAAUCUCUUUUUUGGCCCAUUUUGCCUGAGAUAAAGAAGCUGCCUAAUAAUUAUGCACACCUUAAUAUAGGGUAUUAAUGACUUUAGGUCACACCCUCCCUCAUUACACAAAUAAAUACCACCUGAGAAUGCUUAAAUCCAAUUAGCAUUCAAGUGUACCUAGCUUGCGGUUGGAAAACAUGCAUAGAAAUAAUGGUAGGGUCAGAGUACUCACUUGCCUAAUAAUUGUGCACACAGUGUACAACACACACACACACACACACACACGACUUGGACGCGUUGCUCUGAUCUGCUCCUCAACCCUUAUUUUGUAUGUGUUGUGUAAAAUGUAUAUUAUGUACAUAUAGAUUAAGAAUAUAUAAAAAAUGUGACUUUUGGUAAAUACUGUAAAUGUGAAAUUCUUAUGUGAAAUAAAUAUUAUUUUUUGAACUUUU